GAAAAAACAUAAACAAAUCAAUCAAAUUGUAUUAAAAUAAAUAUUUUUACUACUAUUUAUUAAAAUAACAUGUCCACCAUAAAUGACGAUAACAUUUUAAUAACUUUCGAUGAACUAUGCCAAUUAGAUAAGGCGGAUAUUGCCGUAUGUGUCGAUAAGUACAGUGCUUUACGAAUCUGUGAAAAGAGCUCUGCUCCACCAAGUGAAAUUUAUAAUAUCUGGGUGCAGAAACUAUUCAAAGCCUAUGAUCCGAAGGAAUUUUCCUGCAAAGAUUGGCAACGGAUUAUACAGCACUUGAACAAAGCACUGCAAGAGUUUGUUAAAAAGGUAAACACUGCGAAUAAUUUACCCAUAAAAGAAGUGGAUCAGUGGUGGUUGGAUACCCAAGAUUUGCUAAAAUGGUUAGAAACUAUUAUCAACUCCCUGGAUAUGAUCGUUAUGUGUUUAAUAAUUACCUUUGUUUUGGAAGUAAUUAUAAAAACGUGUAAAUUUGCCAAUAAAAGGUAA